AUGUGGACACCCCUCCAAGCUCCUCUCAGAACUGGCCUAUGUCAGCCACGAUAUUGCGUCAGAGCUCGUCCAGGAGAUCUCUCUGUGCUCUCCAUUACUGGGGAGCCUCCAGUAGGUGCAGGAGGCGUGGGAGCCUGUAUUGCACAUUUGUCUUCUAUCCCCAUGCCCUACAGGGAAUCCUCACUGGAUGAUCAGGAGAUUUUGUUGGAGAGAGGCCUCGACAGCAGCUCCCAUAUGUCGGCGGCCACCAAAGUUUUUGGGGUCAGUAUUUCUUGUUUUUUUGGCCCCUCGUUGUGGAGAUGA